ACUUCCGCCUUCUCUUCUCCCCUCGACUCCAAAAAUGUCGGUGUUUGGGCCUAUCGUGAAAAUCCAUCCCGUAGUUCUUGCGUCUAUUGUAGACGCUUACGAGCGGCGAAAUGAAGGAGCCAGCAGAGUUAUCGGAACACUGUUAGGCACCAUCGACAAGCAGACGGUGGAGGUGACCAACUGCUUCUCUGUGCCUCACAACGAGUCCGAAGAUGAGGUGGCGGUGGACAUGGAGUUUGCCAAGAACAUGUACGAACUCCACAAGAAAGUCUCCCCCAGCGAAGUCAUCAUCGGAUGGUAUGCCACAGGGUUUGACAUCACAGAGCACUCUGUGCUCAUCCACGAGUACUACAGUCGCGAGGCCACCAACCCCAUCCACCUGACCGUCAACACCGAGCUGGAGACGCGCAAGAUGGUCAUCAAGGCCUACGUCAGUGCCCAGAUGGGCGUGCCCGGCAAGACGGUUGGCGUGAUGUUCACCCCUCUGACGGUCAAAUACAUCUCCUACGACACGGAACGCAUCGGCAUCGACCUUCUCCAGCGUACGCGGGCGUCUCCCGGUCGCUCCAACGGCCUGACCUCUGACCUCUCCCAGGUGGGCGUGGCGGCGGCGCGGACCCAGGACAUGCUGGCCACCGUGCUGACCUACAUCGAGGACGUGCUGUCGGGUAAGGUGCAGGCUGACAACAGUGUGGGGCGUUUCCUGACUGACCUGGUGUCCAAGGUUCCCAAGAUCGCCGCCGAGGACUUCGAGACCAUGCUCAACUCCAACAUCAACGACCUCCUGAUGGUGACCUAUCUGUCCAACCUGACCCAGGCCCAGAUCGCCCUCAACGAAAAGCUCGUCAUCAUGUGAUUUGUAGUCCAAUGGCCACGCCUUAUAAUGGGUUUGAAUGGCGGAAAAGACUACAAGUGGCUACCUGGAGAGACUGUUGGCGACCGGCCAUGUUGGGUCAUUUGUAGUUCAAUAGCAUAGCCUUUGUGAUGGGUUGACUGGCGGAAAAGACUACAAAUGGCUAACUGAAGAGGGUUUUGGCGGUCAUUUUAGAUCAUUUGUUGUUCAGUAGCCGCUGGUUUCAGUAUGACUCCUAUUGAACUAUAAAAAUGACCUCUUCAGUUAGCCUCAGUGUGUAGUCUCUUCUCCCAUUGAAACCCAUCAUAAGAUGUGGCCGUUGAACUAUAAAGGGCUUUGGUUGUUUUUGCACCGUCAAGAACGCAGCAAUUUGUCAUUCUGAGGGACAUUCAGCAUCAAUUUGUAUCGUUUUUUUAAUUAUUAUUAUUUUACUGGUAUGAACUAUUGGCAUCAUUCCACUUGUAAGAAACUGCUACCUGAAUGGAUGCCUCUUGAGGGAUCAUUAAACACCAGUUAUCAAGUCUAUUAAUUAUUCUUCUCUUCCCCCCUGAUGACAAUAUUUUUUUUAUUUGUAAUACCCUUGACCAAAAUCUAUUCUUGAUCUUUUUUCCUGACAUGACCCCAAUCAAUAAAUAAAAGGUUGUUUUGAAAAAUGGAA